AUGGAGAAUUUCGGCAAUAUAGAGAGUGGCGAGCCAUGGGUGAACGAUUCAAGCAGGUUUAGCAUCGUCCAAGCUUCUCCCGAAUCCGCUGAGAGGGUCAAGCGAGUCCGUAUCCGCGUUUCCCAUGCAUGCGACCGCUGCAAAAGGAGAAAAAUCCGCUGCACAGGUAAUCGGCCUUGUAGCUUCUGUGCCAGGGAGGCGACAAGGUGCAUUUACACCGUUCCGAAUAAGCGUGGGCGGAAGUCUCGCGCGGGUAAUUCCGAUAAUCAAGAACUAAACAGCUCCAACAACUCGCGUAGGGCAGUGCCCCUGGAAUCUAACGCGCGAACCGAGGAAGAAAACUCGCAUUCAGCAUCGGGGACUGAUCUCGACGACUUUGAGGUGAACAACACGCUGAUCGAAAGAAGCCCCCUAGGCGCGUCGCCGGAUGCAACUACUGACCAUGAAGGUCAAUAUGUCGGUCCAGCAUCUGGCUUGUCUUUCUUGGCGCGUGUGCAAAAGCGUCUUCAUAAUACCCAACCCACAUCAUCUAGUUUCACCUUUGGCGACGCGCCGAUGGCUGAAUACGACCCUGUUCCUUCAAUCAUGAUCUCGCCAGAAGAGUCGUCGCGGCUGGUCAAGACAUUCUUUGAAUUCACAAUACCUAUAGAUCGAAUUAUUCAUCGACGGACAAUAGAGGAGUGGCUUGAGCAAUUCCAGCAAACUCUAGGAGCCAUGAGAGAUGUUGAGAAUGCGCCUGCUCAGCGCGCGAUGCUCUGGAUGAUCUUUGCCAUGGCUCAGGAGCACAAAACUGAAUUUGAAGCUGAGAAAGCUGAAGAUAAAAGCCGCAGAACCUUCUGGAGUGCUUAUUGCCUUGAUACGCAUCUCAGCCUAACGCUCGGCCGUCCAAAGAUAUUUCACGACGAAGACAUUGACCAAGAACUACCAUCCGGAAUCGAUGACUUGAGCGUUCACAUGGAUAUUCUAGCGCCAGCGAGAAGCUCCGAGUACUCCACAAUGAUUGCCCCCGUUGCGUACUAUAAGUAA